AAGAGGGUUUGCCUUCUACAAAUAGCCUCAGCCGAGCUCGUCCUGCCCUCACUCCUGUCUCUCUCCUCUGGGGAGCCUGUCUGUGUCCGAAAUGAGCCGCUCCUCUUACGCCUCCUCCCAGUCCUCCUCGUACCGCCGCGCCUUCGGUGGCCCUGGUUUCGUCACCCCACCCAUGUCCCGGGCCAUGUUCAGCCGCUCCUCGCUGGGUGGCUCUGGGGGCUCCCACGUCAGCUCCCGGGUCUACGAGGUGACCAAGACGGCCUCGAGCUCUCCCAGCUACUCCGGCUACCGCGCCUCCUCCUACGCCCUCCCCAGCCUGUCAGCGGGCGUAUCCCGCUCGUAUGCAUCUGGCCUGGGUGAGACGCUGGACUUCAACCUGGCCGACGCCCUCAACCAAGAGUUCCUGCAGACGCGCACCAAUGAGAAGGCCGAGCUGCAGCACCUGAAUGACCGCUUCGCCAGCUACAUCGAGAAGGUGCGCUUUCUUGAGCAGCAGAACCAGGCCCUGGUGGUGGAGGUGGAGCGGCUGAGGGGCCGCGAACCCACCCGCAUCGCCGACCUCUAUGAAGAGGAGAUGAGGGAGCUGAGACGGCAGGUGGAGGUCGUCACCAACCAGAGGUCCCGUGUGGAGGUGGAACGCGACAACCUGGCCGACGACCUGCAAAAGCUCAAGCUCAGGCUCCAGGAGGAGAUCGCACAAAGAGAGGAGGCUGAGAACAACCUUGCAGCUUUCAGAGCUGAUGUGGAUGCUGCCACACUGGCCCGUCUGGAUCUAGAGAGGCGCAUAGAAACUCUGCAAGAGGAAAUCGCCUUCCUCAAGAAGAUCCACGAAGAGGAGAUCCGUGAGCUGCAGGCUCAGAUGCAGGAGACUCAGGUGCAGAUCCAGAUGGAUCUGUCCAAGCCGGACCUGACAGGCGCGCUGAGAGACAUCCGCUCUCAGUACGAAGCCAUCGCUGCCAAAAACAUCGCCGAGGCUGAGGACUGGUACAAGUCUAAGGUGUCAGAUCUGAACCAAGCAGUGACCAAGAACAAUGAGGCACUGAAACAGGCCAAGCUGGAGACCAUGGAGUUCAGACACCAGAUUCAGUCCUACACUUGCGAGAUUGACUCGCUGAAGGGCACUAACGAGUCUCUGAUGAGGCAGAUGAGGGACAUGGAGGACCGUCACGGGCGCGAGGCCUCUGGCUUCCAGGACACCAUUGCCAGACUGGAGGCUGAGAUUGCCAACAUGAAGGACGAGAUGGCCCGCCACUUGCGCGAGUACCAGGAUCUGCUCAACGUCAAGAUGGCCCUCGACGUGGAGAUCGCCACCUACAGGAAACUGCUGGAGGGAGAGGAGAGCAGGAUCACGCUGCCCAUGCAGACCUACUCCACCAUAAGCUUUAGAGAGACCAGCCCAGAGCACCAACAAAGAGCCUCUGAAAUGCACUCAAAGAAAACAGUCCUCAUCAAGACCAUCGAGACCCGUGACGGAGAGGUGGUGAGUGAAUCCACACAGCACCAGCAGGACAUCAUGUAGACCUCCAACAAGGAAGUUAAACCACAGCAACAAACCAUUAGGAGUUUCAAUAAAACCAUUAGGCUAAGCCUUCACAGCCUGUGCUUUUUUCCAUUAUUACAAACACAGCUUAUCAGUGAGGUGAGCGCACUGCUUCACAGAGAGGAAACAAAGAUAGAGUUCAUGCUUUUUUUUUUUUAAUGAACUAAAUUCUUAAGGGACCCAUGUGGAAUAUCCCUCUAGUCUUGUCAGAGCGAGGGAUCAGGGAAAAAGGGAUGGACGCAGGUCAAAAGACAGGGUGGGUAACGUAGGUAAUUAAAGGGGGGAAAGGAAGACAGGGAGAGAGAAGGAUGGAGGGGGAAAAAGGAGAGAAUGAACUCAGACAUGAUGUGUGUGAGGAGGACACUGCCAUGAAGAAAUCAGAAUAAACCAAAGACGCAUCAAGCACCCUA